GGGUCGACGUAAGAGCGAGAGGCGAGCAGCGAGAGAGAAGGAGCGAGUGUACCGCUCCCGAGUCAGAUGACGUCGGGGCUGCCAGCAUUUACCCUCGGCAGUAGCGUCGCGAUCGUACGCGCCUGGAUCCUCUAUCGGUGUUUCGGGGUGAGAUCCAUCGGAGGAGUCGCGGAAACUGCGAGAGUUGGCACGUGAGAUUGGUACAUCGAUUUUCCGCGUUCGCAGCCGCCUUUAGAGCAGUCGAAACAUCGUUACCUUCCCUGUGCACAGUCUCGAUCACUGUGUCCCCGAUCCCGGAGGAUCCCUGGUGCUCGUGAAUCGAACAACUCGGGCAGAGAGUGGAAGGACGAGAGGUUAAACGACCCAGUGCCGAGGACCGUGAACCACCUGUGAAUCGAUGUAUACAGAAGAACAGAGAUACAUUGGGUAGAGAUUGAUCUGACUGGAGAUCAGGCUCUGGCUUUUGUCUCGGGAGCGCUGCUCGCAUUUUUGCGCUUCGUUUCCCGCCCUUGUUCUCCUCGAGUAAGCGUCAACAGGGAGCAGGAGAAUCAACAGGACCCAGCAACCGCCUAUCCCUUUCACAGAGGCUGUUUACAUCACUCGCACUGAUUGAUGACUAUUUGAUGUCUUGAAAACGAUCGGCAUGAAGUACUUGAAAGUCGUUCUAUUCACAUUCAACUUAUUGAUAUGGUUGGCCGGGUGUACAGUACUGAUGAUAGGAGUAUGUCUGCUGUUGGAAUCAAGCAAAGGGCACCUGUUAAAUCUUUUCGUGCCCGACGCGGCGCCGCACGAAACCAUUAACCGGGUAGCUUACAGCUUGCUUGGCCUCGGUUUCACGGUGUUGACGGUUGGUUUCUUCGGAUGUCGAGCUGCUGUUCACGGGAACCAAUGCAUACUGGCCACCUAUAUGAGCAUGCUCGUGGCACUGAUCGUCACAGAGCUCGUGACAGCAGCUGUCGGUGGACUAAUGACGUUCCGGAUACUUUCCGGAUUAGAGGAGCGACUGAUCAGCAAGCUGGCCGAUGACUAUGGCGACGAACCGACCAGCGACAUCCCCUUCAGCCAUAGUCUCGACUUUGCGCAGUACAAGUUUAAUUGCUGCGGAAUACAUGGAUACGAGGACUACAAUGGCACAGCCUGGUGGAGGGACAAGCAGAUUUCGGGGAGCAGGAAGCAGGUCCCUCUCACGUGCUGCAUUUUAAGAAAUACAGAGGCAACAGAUACAGGAAGUCCAAUGAGUGUCGUGUCAAGAGUGUUUCAUAAACAUACCGAGAAACCGUGGUUAAAUCCGAAACCAAAGGACGAAGCAGCAUGUCAAGUGGAAGACAAAGAAGGACACGAUGGAUAUCGGCAUAAAGAGGGCUGUCUCGCCAAAAUUACAAGUUGGUUGCAGUACGAGAGCUUCACCUUAGUAUUCCUGGGUAUGACAAUGGCUGGUAUACAAACAUUCGGUAUAAUAACCUCAGCUUUCCUUUGUCGAACGAUAAGGGACAUGCAAAUGGAUUGAGUCGUGGAUGCCAGAUGCACAAAGCGGAAGAAAAAGCAAGUUCCAAUACACGUUCGGUUUGCGAGGAAGUCAGAGCGUUGUUUCGAUGUUUCAACCGUUCACAACCGACGAUUCUUGCGAUGAAGGCACUCGAUCGAGGAAACAACGAUUGCACAGUGGCUAUAACCGGACAUCGCGAGGAAAAUUGUACGGGAAUUUUCGUCAAGGGGCUUGAACAUCACCGAGUCAUCUGGCCAAAGGGAUCCUCCUCAUUUCUCAAGAACGCUCGAUGGUUGCGAAACUUAUCGUAGGAUAGAAAGCUGUGCUUGCUCGAAACCUUCCAAACCAUACCCGUCCCUUAUGUGUGUUUCGUCGUAGGUUUAUCUCGUGAGAAGGAAGAAAGAGGUCUAUAAGAUUCUGUAAAUAAAGCGUUAUCCUCUUCGUACACCGCGAUUCUACCGUUUGCAAGUAGCACUUCUGGUACGACUCGUCGCGUUCUGGCUAUGAUCUAGCCACGCUCGACAUACCGCAGUCAUAUAUGUUUCAUUACGGGUGGAUCUGUAAAUAUGGAUCUAUAAAUAUGCGUAACAACGACGAGCAGAUUCGUAGGAUGAAUCAACUUACUCGCGACACGAUGCAUGCGAAUUUGUCGAGAGGUUAUGUGAUUUCUGUAUGCACAUUGGCAAACGUAUAUGUUCGAAACUACCUUGUGAUCUUUUUAACGAGAAGAGUCGUACACUGUCGAUGAGUAAAUGCAUGCGACAUCGAUGUAUAUGUGUGUGAUAGGAGUUCGUAACCCGCGUAAUAGCAGCUUAAGAAAAAUCGACUCGUGUCCAGAAACAAAGAUAUGGAAAAAGUGACGUAUGUAUCCUCCGCCAUAUUGACCGCAACGUCGAUAAGGAAGUGUAUCUUUUUUAUCUUCUUUUUAUGUUCGCGAAUAACGUUCAGAGGAAGGGAGAAAGAACGGGUAUAUUUGUUACAAUAAUUCGUGCCAAAUAGAUGAUAUAUUGAC